AUGAAGGAAAGGGGGAAAGGCUUCCAGGGGCAACUCCCCAACCUCCAGCAACUUCCCUUACCUUCCCCUACCUUCAGAAACUCCCCCAACCUCCAGCAACUUCCCUUACCUUCCCCUACCUUCAGAAACUCCCCCAACCUCCAGCAACUCCCCCUAACUCCAGCAACUCCCCAACCUCCCCCGACCUCCAGCACCUCCCCUACCUCCAGCAACUUCCCUUACCUUCAGAAACUCCCCCUACCUCCAGCAACUCGCCUAACUCCAGCAACUCCCCAACCUCCCCCGACCUCCAGCACCUCCCCUACCUCCAGCAACUUCCCUUACCUUCCCCUACCUUCAGAAACUCCCCCUACCUCCAGCAACUCGCCUAACUCCCCCUACCUCCAGCAACUCGCCUACCUCCAGCAACUCCCCUUACCUCCUCCUAUCUCCAGCAACUCCCCUUACCUCCUCCUAUCUCCAGCAACUCCCCAACCUCCAGCAACUCCCCCUAACUCCAGCAACUCCCCAACCUCCACAACUCCCCAACCUCCCCCGACCUCCAGCACCUCCCCUACCUCCAGCAACUUCCCUUACCUUCAGAAACUCCCCCUACCUCCAGCAACUCGCCUAACUCCAGCAACUCCCCAACCUCCCCCGACCUCCAGCACCUCCCCUACCUCCAGCAACUUCCCUUACCUUCCCCUACCUUCAGAAACUCCCCCUACCUCCAGCAACUCGCCUAACUCCCCCUACCUCCAGCAACUCGCCUACCUCCAGCAACUCCCCUUACCUCCUCCUAUCUCCAGCAACUCCCCUUACCUCCUCCUAUCUCCAGCAACUCCCCCUACCUCCCGCUACCUCCAGCAACUCCCCUAA